UUUAUUGCCAGCGUGUACUUGGAAACAUGGCGUCGAUGUUUGGACAAUCGUCAGGUGCUCGGGCUGCUCCAGCGCCAGUGAUGCAGCCAGCCCAACCUGCACAAAUGGACCGUUCCGAACCAGUAGAUGAUAGACCCAAGCAUCUUAAAAAAGUGUCAUUUGCACAAUUUGAUCCUUCUGCACAGCAACAAAUCAACUCGAUGUUUAAUAGUCCCAUGUUUCAAGAGCUGGAGGCACAAGUGAAAGCCAAUACAGACAUCUUGGACAGAAUGAACAAGCAAAUGGAAGAUGAGAGAAAGGAAAGGAUCAAAGCCAAGCAAACUGCUCAUAUUCCAGAAGCACUCAAAGGGAGUGGUCAAGAAAUGCCAAGCAUUAUGAAGACAGUGGAAGAUCUGAUAUUGAUGGAUGAAGAAGUUGAGGAAGAUGAUGAAGAGGAGAAAGAUGUUGAAAAUGGUCAAGAAGCAGAAGAAGGUGAUGAUGAAGAAGAUGAAGACGAAGAUGAGGAGGAAGAUGAUGAAGACGAUGAUGAAUACAGAAGGAGAACACCACUGAAUAAGUUACAGAUCCUGGACUCACACAGCAAGGCUGCUCUUACUGGUCACAGUCUGGCUGCAUAUGUUUCUACCCUGGAUGAAGAUAAUCUUAAAAAGUUCACAUCCAAAAUUACACAGGACUGUCAAUUGUGGCUGUCAAGAUUGUUCAGGUUUCCAGAUUCCUCUCCAUUUUAUCAUGAGGAACACAAAGAUGGCCUUGUUAAGAUCUGUAGAAUGGCCCUGUAUCAGAAAUAUCCGAGGUAUCCUGUGGAGGGUUUCGAGGCCCUUUACUCCAGGCCCCCAGUCAUAUACAUCAGCUCUGCAGCCAUGCCAGGUCUUAGCAAUUACCUCUGUUUGCAGCUUGGAUUACCUUUGUCCUCCAUUUGUAAUGUUCCAUGCUGCACAGAGAAAGGCACGACCAGCAUUAUGGAUGUACAGAUGUUGGAGAAGUUGAUUCAGGAUGACAUUUCUGCUGCAAAGACCCCAGUGUUGUUAGUAGGAUUUGCAGGUUCUCCCCAUUUGGGAUCUGUGGAUAAUCUGCAGGAAUUAAGAAAAAUCUGUAAGGACCAUAAGAUCUGGCUCCAUGUUGAAGGAAACAACCUUGCUAUCUUGGCCACAGUGUCAGUGCCCACUGCAGUAGAGCCAGCCACCUCUGGAGAUAGCAUGACUCUACGACUAGGGAAGUGGAUCGGUAUCCCAGGGCUUCCCUUUAUUACACUCUAUAAGACCACUGACCCUGCUCUGGAGCUUGCUGCAGGUCUGAAUACAUUUACCCCACAAUUAAAGCUCAACUGUCUUCCACUUUGGAUCAUCCUGCAGAGCCUCGGUCAUGAUGGGAUAGUUGACAGAAUCAAGCACUGCUGUACACUAGCAGAGAAAAUGCAUGACAUCCUACAAAACCUUCCAACUAUAAAGGAGAUUGGGGAAGAAAAGACAGAAGAAAAAGAGGCUAAAACCUUUAAAGAUCUAUUAUUUGUUGCUAUUGAUGCUCUGUUUGUGUUCAAGAUGGCCAGUCCAACUGUUGUGUUCAGAUAUGUAGAAGACAGCACCACUGGUGCUGUGGAGAUAGCUCCUUAUUCCCCUGUUACUUCACAAGAGGAUAUGGAAGAAAAAGAAAAAUUGAAAGCAUACUACGAUGCACUAAAUUUAUGGCUUUGUGAUACUCUAUAUUUGGAAAAUCCAAAUGUAGGCUUAGAACUGAUAGAUGUUGAGCAAGAAGGAAACUGUAUCAAGUUCUCUCCCCUUGACACAGCACAAGUGAAGGGUACAGUUGAAGAAGAUAUCGAAAACUUUGGGGAAAGUUUGAAAAAGCAAAUUGCAAUUUUAGAUGCAACAGUUCUGCAGAGAGACAGGUUUUGUGCAAUUGUGGAAGCUCAAGACAAUCUUCGUAUUGUUGAGGUUCCCAACUGGGCUGGAUUAGGGGUGGUGCAAUAUAUGCCUGAGGAAUGGAGAGAAAGGAUGACAGAUUUGCCAGACAAUGCUAAACGAGACAUAAAUAACAUCAACACUGAGCUUGUGAAGAGACUUCACUCUAAAGAUACAGCAUUCUCAUUAGGUUACAAUGACGAGAACAUUGGAUGUGUGAAGUUUGGCCUGAUUACAGAUGAUACAGAUCUAGAGGAACUAAUCGGUCUAGUGUGUUCCCUCGGCAAAGAGAUCGAGGAAUCUUCUAAGUAUUUAGAAAAAUUAUCAGAGAAAAUACAGAAAGGUAUAGAAGAAGCUAAUAAAGAACUACACAAAGAAAUGGAUGAAAAGCUGCAGCAAGAGGGUGUUCUAAGACAAGUGCCAUUGGUUGGUUCCCUUCUAAACUGGUGGUCUCCUCCUCCAAAGGAUGCAGUGAAAGGACGCACAUUUAGUCUCAGCUCUGGCACUAUGGCUAGCACUGAGAAGACUUACAAAUACCACAUGCAAGUUCAGGAGGAUGAUGCCCCUCCCCCUGUGUCCCCCUCUGCAAACCAGUCCCCUAAUUCCUUCAAAGAUGUUCUAAAACCGGUAAAAUCUCAAACCAAGUCUGCUGGUGAUGUUAAAGCUAAUCUCACUCAACAAUAUAACUCCUCCUCCUCCUUCUCUCCUACACAGAGCUCUAGUCCCAGCUCAACCCAGACAGACCAGAAACCUAAAGAAACUCAAUCUUUAGAAAACCAACAAGCCCCUGACUUGAAGUAAAACAACAUUCCAUUAUUGUUCCAUAUAAAGCUGUGAUAUGGUCAAACUGUUACAAUGUGUUUUGUAAUCUUUGUGACAAAGGCUUAAAUGUAAUGACCGUUUCUGCUUUUUGAUUGAUUAAUAUAUCAUAAGAAAACAGUGAAUAUUGAUUGUAUUUUGAAUGAAUGAGUGUCAUAUUUAUUAUAUUCAAGCUAUUUAUUUGUAUGGGUUAUAUGAAAAUGAAUUAUGAUGUUUUUUGUGAACAGAUUUCUGAAGUUAUACGUGCAUUUAGAUAUUUAAAUAUUAAUCUACAAGAAACAGAAGUGGAGUUGAGAUUGUCAACAUUUCUUUCGUUAGGGAGGUUUACUCUUUUCACACAUUUUAUUUGUUUACAUAUCUUAAUCCGUUACUUUGGGUGAUAUUUGAAAUAGUAAAUUUUACUUUCCAUUGAUAAGCAUGUUUCUUCUGAUGUGAAAAUUUCAUUCCCUGUUAUUUUCACCAACAGACAUAAAAAAUGUUCACCCCAAUUUAAAUUAGCUCAAAGCAGCAUGUAGAUAAAGCUUGCAUUUCAACAAUAUGUUCUGGCUAUCUUAAAUUUCACAGUCAAGUUUUGAUUUUCAUCUUUAGGAAUAAAGAAAAAAUCAAAUCAGAUGCAACAUUUUCCCUGCUCUAUACAUCAGAUCUACAUUUUUUGGGUCAUGUUGAACCCCCUCUCUUCAUAAAAGCAACUGAUCAUAUUUAUUUUGUAUUAUUUAUUUUAUUACAACAUUGCUUUAGAUGUGAGUAAAACCAUUUCUAUAAUAUUAUAUUUAUGUACAAUGUACAUAUGUGUGGAAUGCACAACUGGUUUACAAUUUAGUGGUGUUUUCUUGAGUUAUCUCCCAUUUGUGUGUAUUUUAUUUUGUCAAUCAAAACUGUUUUGUUUUUGUUUUUUUAAAUUUGGGGAACUCCUUCUUUUACAGGUUUAUAUGUAUUUUUCUAGUUUUAGAAUUACAUGGAAUCCAUAUUAUCUGAAAUCCAUUGAUGUUUUAACAUUGUGAUAAAUAAUGAUAUGCAGAAAGUAUUAGUUUUAUCUCUGACAACUGACCUAAAUUGAACUUUUCUGAUCAUAUUUGUAUAAUUGUCUGUUUGUUCAUGUAUUUGUGUCCACUUGUCAGUAUAACAUUCUUUCAUUUUUUACUUUGUUUUUAAACCAUCUUGAAGCUGCUUGCCAUAUGUUAACAAAAUGGAAUAAAAAAUGUGUUUUUCUAGAGAUCUGAAUAAUUAAGUGUUGUCACUCUUUGGUGUGAUGAAGAUUCACACUUGGCACUUAAGAUUCUGACUUGAUAAAAUUUACUCAUAGGUUUAUUUAGAAUGACUGUGUACCAUGUCAAAAAAUGUGUCAGAGAUUUUUUUUGUGGUGAAAAUGCUCUCAUUUGGGUCAAAAUGGCUCCUGAGGCCUCUGAUUGGGAUAUUUAUGAAAUGCAUAUCUGUUUAUAAUUCCACUCAUUGAGUUUAUCAAGUAUUAUCAUUCAUUGAAGAGAUUAGGUUUUCACACCUGUGAAUUUUCAGUAUAAUUAUGCCUGUUCAAUCUGAUGGUGAUCUAUGGCUGUUAUUUUUUUCUCUCUCUAUUUAAAUCCAUACAUCUUCCUUUGCAGUAAAAUUAUUUAUAAGUGCUUUGUAUAAUUUUUAUUGAAGUAUGUCUGAUUUUAAUCAGUACAUGUUAUUAAAUAUGAAAGUCUGUGUAAUGAAACAAUAAAGUAUUAACAUGGUCUAUUAGAAUCUUGGUAAAAAAAAAUCUGAAAUAAUUUGUACACUAUAGCUUCUUUGGUCACAUAGAUUACUACAAUCAGUAUUUAUACAUAAAGAAAAUAUAAAGAAAACAUAAAGAAAUAUAUAAAGCAUGUAUUGAAUAUUAUGAGGGAAAUGAAUGUAUUUAUGUAAUGUGUUUUGCUGUAUAAAAUUGUUAUUGGUAUUCUAAUAAACCAGUUAAAUAACUUAA